CUCAUAUGUAUAUCCAGCCUGCUCUCGACGACUAAUUCUUUGUACAGAAGCAGUCAAGUAGAAAGAGGAGAACUAGGGCCAGGCUGAAUCAAGCCAUGAGACGCAGCGUUGUACUUGCUGCGCUAGGUGGCAACACGCCCUCCUCAGAAAAGGCCAGCAGCUGUAAUGAUGCCUCUCGCUCCGCCUCUGGUGGCGGUUUCGGUCCGCUUCUCGGACGCAAGCCUUUCAAACCACCAUCUAUGAAGUCCAACAGCAACGUUUCUUCUCGUGGUCGCAAGCGGAUUCGCGUAGACUACUCAGGCAUGGGUGGCUAUGGGGAGGAUGUCGAGGACGGAGAGGCUGGCCUUGGAUCGGACGAGGAGGGAGCCAAGAGAAAACCGUUUAAAAAGAAAGCGAUAGAAGUCUCCGUCAAAGGCGUCGAUGCAAAUGGGCGUUCCCUGAAGGCUACUCACCGUGAAUGGCCCGUGUACAAGGGCAAAGAGAGGGCCUUGCAGCAACGAUUCAGUAUUCCUGUCAUGCGCAACAGAGAAGGAGAAAUCGUCGAGAAUCGCAUUACCAUGGCAUCUCUUGGCACGCGUCGGCCCAUCGAAAUCCCUCCAAGACCUCUUCAUGACCCUAUGGGAGAGUUCUCCAUUGUUCUCUUUGACCCCACCAUUGACGAUCGUGAAGCGGAGAGGAGAAAGGAAGAACUGCAACAGCAUCGCCAAAAGCUUGAGGAGAAAGGAGCACAACACAUCCAUGGCCCUCAUAAAAAGCUCUCAGAUAUCCUUGGCCUCAACAAAGAGCCUAAGAAUCUUGAUAUCAAAGUACCCGUCGUCAUCGACCCACGCCUAGCGAAGGUUCUUCGCCCACACCAAAUCGAGGGAGUAAAGUUCCUGUACCGAUGCACUACAGGACUCAUUGUCGCUAAUGCGCAUGGGUGCAUUAUGGCUGACGAGAUGGGUCUUGGAAAGACUCUGCAAUGUAUUGCGCUGAUGUGGACGCUGCUGCGUCAAUCGCCGAUUCCUAAUAAGCCCACGAUCGAUAAGUGCAUCAUCGUCUGCCCUUCGAGCCUUGUUCGAAAUUGGGCAAACGAAUUGGUCAAAUGGCUAGGUACAGCGGCGCCGGGGGUGUUCGCCUUGGAUGGAAAACUGUCAAAAGAGCAGGUAGAUGAGCGGGUCCGACGAUGGUGUUUAGCAAAAGGGAGGAGCAACACAGCACCUGUGAUGAUUGUGUCCUACGAGACACUUCGCAACUUGACCGACCACAUCGGUGACACAGAGGUUGGGCUUCUUCUGUGCGACGAGGGCCAUCGCCUCAAAAAUGCCGAGUCGCUCACGUUCCAAGCGCUGUGUCAGAUCAAUGUCAAGCGCAGGGUUAUUUUGUCAGGGACGCCUAUCCAAAACGACUUGAGCGAAUAUUUCUCACUGCUCAACUUUGCCAACCCUGACCUACUUGGCUCCAAGUUGGAGUUUCGCAAAAACUUUGAACUCGCCAUUCUCAAAGGGCGCGAUGCCGAUGCGACGGACAAAGAGCAGGAAGAGAGUAACAAGAAACUGCAGGAAUUGUCCUCGCUCGUCAGUCGGUUCAUCAUACGUCGUACUAAUGACUUGCUAUCAAAGUAUCUGCCUGUGAAGUACGAGCACGUUGUUUUCUGUCGCAUGGCGCCUUUGCAGCUUAGCCUGUAUCGCCAUUUCAUCCAAUCGCCCGAGAUCAAGAAGCUACUUAAAGGAGUAGGGUCUCAGCCGCUAAAAGCGAUCAAUAUCCUCAAGAAGCUGUGCAAUCACCCCGAUCUUCUCACCUUACCGGAUGACCUUGAAGGCAGCGAAAAGUGCUUCCCUGAAGACUAUGUUCCACGUGACCGCAGAAACGUGCACCCAGAAUACUCGGGAAAGAUGAUGGUCUUGGAACGCUUCCUGCGAACGAUCAAACAACAGACCAACGACAAGAUUGUCCUUAUCAGCAAUUACACCCAAACUCUAGAUGUUUUCGAACGCAUGUGCAGGAACAACAGGUGGGGCAACUUCCGCCUGGACGGGACCAUGAACGUCAACAAGCGACAGAAGUUGGUCGACAGGUUCAACGACCCAGAAGGCUCGGAAUUCGUAUUCUUGCUCAGCUCGAAAGCUGGCGGCUGCGGUCUGAAUUUGAUCGGUGCCAACAGGCUUGUCCUUUUCGACCCCGACUGGAACCCGGCAUCCGAUCAACAAGCUCUCGCACGAGUUUGGCGAGAUGGACAGAAGAAGAGCUGCUUUGUGUACCGCUUCAUUGGGACCGGAUCGAUCGAGGAAAAGAUCUUCCAAAGGCAAGCCCACAAGCAAACACUAUCCUCGUGCGUGGUCGAUGAGGCUCAAGAUGCAGCACGGCAUUUCAGUGGUGACGACCUUCGCGAGCUGUUCACAUUCAAAGAAAAGACGGUCAGCGAUACGCACGACACUUACAAGUGCAAAAGAUGCCGUGAAGGGAAGCAAAGGAUGAAAGCGCCCGCUCUGCUCUACGGUGAUACCAGCACGUGGAAUCACUACGAGAGGGCGGAGUUCGGUCAGCUCCACGAUGACCUUUUGCGGGCAGAGAUGGCGUACGAUGAUGUUUCCUUCGUUUUCCAAUAUUGCAGCCACUGAGCUCAAAGUCGACCCCUCAUCGAACGCCUCCGAAAAUAGAUCGAGAACCUUCAACAGACGCGCAGACCUUGACAUAUAUGUAUCAAUUAUUUAGGACGGAUUUGAAAUUGCAAGCAAC